UUCAAGUUUAGUUCUUUAUCUUGUCCACUUCCCCCUUGCUGUGGGGUGGGACUGUGGACCAAGACUAGCGCCGUUUACCAGUUCAUCUCAGUCUUGCCAACCCACAUAUAGGCUACAAUCUUUAGAGAAAAGCCAGAGAUUUGCAAAGGAAUUUCAGAGCCAUGGCGGAUGCCGGAGAGCAGAACGCCAAUGGCAGUGGCCCUGCAGCUGCAGGCAACACUCCCGUCCAGCAGCCGGCCAGCGCCGCCGAGGCCGAGCUCCUGUGGAAGCUGCGCAAGUACCUGGUGCUGAUGGCCAUCCUCGUGGCGGCCAUCACGUUCCAGGCGGGGCUGGCCCCGCCGGGCGGCUUCUGGCAGGACAACGACGAGCACGGCCACGUCGCCAGCGACAUCGUGAUGAGGUACAGCUACCCCAGGCGGUACCAUGUCUUCUUCUACUGCAACACGACGGCGUUCGGGGCCUCGCUCAUGGUGCUCAUACUGCUCCUGCUGAGGGAGCUGACCGGCAAGGUGGUCUGGCUCCGCGCGCUCCAGUUCGCCAUGAUUCUGGGCUUGCUGGGGCUCAUGGGGGCCUACGCCGCUGGGAGCUGCAGGGAGGUGAGGACCUCUGUUUACAUCUGGGUGUUACUAGUUGGCAUCUUCGCCUAUGUCACACUCCAUGUGGUAUUCUUCAAGCAUCUGGCACCUAAGAAGCUGCAAGUUUUAUUAUCGGGUAUUAGUGGAAGUUGGAAGAGAACUCUGGGGAACAUUUUCAUGCCAUCAAAAACAGACAUGGCAAUAGAUAUGCAAGAGGCACCAGUCCGGAUGGAAGUAGUGGACCUUGAAAGAAGUCGCAGCUCGGAUCUCGUUCUUGCAGAAGAAGAGAAGAGAAAAAAGGCGGAAGAGGCUGCAAAGAAGAGAGAGGAAGAGGAAAAUCUUGAAAGAAAUCGCAGCUCCUUGCUGGUUCUUGCCACAUUGGUAGCAACCGUGACAUAUGUCGCAGGGCUAACCCCUCCAGGUGGCUUCUGGUCUGAGGGUGAUAAUAACCACAUUGCUGGUGAUCCGGUGCUCCGAGACCAUUAUCCACGCCGAUUCAAGGCCUUCUUGAUCUGCAAUGCCACUGCUUUUGCUGGAUCCCUUGUCAUCAUCAUCAUGGUCCUCAGUCAAACAGCGGUGAAUCAUGUUGUCAAGUCAAAUGCUCUGCGGUUGUGUGUGGUAGUUAGUCUCAUUGGGCUUAUGGGGGCAUAUGCUGCUGGAAGUUGCAGGGAGGUACAUACAUCUAUCUAUGUCUUUGCACUUGUUGGUGCAGUCUUGCUCUACCUCAUCAUUCAGUGUAUUGAACCUGCUCUGCCUAAGUCAGCAUAUGUUGAAGACACCAUCAAACGUGUAAAAGCGAAAAAUAAAGAAAUGGUUCAGAAUCUGAGGACUUUCAUCGGCAACUUGUUAGAACCUGCCAUACCAGUGCAAGAUCAGUCAGGCAACCGCACUCCAGUGACUGAUGGUAAGGAUGAUUUCCAGAAGUUGCGCACAUACCUUCUAUUGCUUGGCAUCCUUGCCGCCACAGUCACCUUCCAAGCUGGGAUGAAUCCACCAGGAGGCUUUUGGACAGAUAACAGUGAUGAGCAUAUUGCUGGUGAUCCAAUUUUGGAGGCCAUCAGUCCCAAGCGCUACAAGGCAUUCUUCUAUUGCAAUGCCACAGCAUUUGUAGCCUCUUUGGCCAUCAUCAUCCUACUCCAGAGCCAGUUGAUUACCAUUCAUGCCAUGAAGCGACAUGUACUGCAAACAGCGAUGACACUGGUGCUCUUUGGUCUUAUGGGAGCCUACGUUGCUGGAAGCAGCAGGAAGUUCUCGACAUCCAUUUAUGUGUUCGUCCUAGUCCUCCUGGUGUUCGCCUAUGUUGUACUUCAUAUUCUAUAUGUACCUCCCAAUCUCAAGAUAUGGUGGGAGAGCAUAACAGGGGCUUCUGGACCUACGGAUAUUCCAGAAGACAAAGAUUUGCGGAAGAGGCGGAAGUUUCUGAUAUUGCUCGCAAUUCUAGCAGCUUCUAUCACAUACCAAACUGGUAUAAGCCCACCAGGUGGCUUUUGGACUGAUAAAAAAAAUGGCCACCGAGCAGGUUACUCAGUGUUCCGUGACGAGUUCCGAGACCGCUAUAGGGUGUUCUUCUACUUCAAUGCUACAGCUUUCAUGGCAUCCCUGGCAGUAAUUCUGUUGCUUGUUAACAAGAGGAUAUGCGACAAAGGUCUGAAGUGCUAUGCGCUGCGUGCAUGUGUACUGGUUGAUCUGAUCAGCCUCAUUGGUGCUUUUGCUACCGGAAGCUGCAGAAAAGUGUCAACAUCUUUCUAUGUCAUUCUCGUUGUUCUUGCAGUAUUUGUCUAUGUCAUUGUUCAAGUCCUGGUUCUGAAAUUUGCAAAAGAAAAGGUGAAUUGCUUGCUGCUGGCACGGAUGUUCAAGUUCAAAGCUGAGCCUUCUGAGCACGAAGAUUCAUCAACGAAUCGCACGACAAGCAUAGGUGAUACUGAUAGUAAGAGAACAGAGCACAAAUGGCGCAAAGAUUUGAUGCUGAUUGGAACUCUUGCAGUCACUGUCACAUACCAAGCUGGUCUGCUUCCGCCUGGAGGAGUUUGGCCUGAUGACAAGGAUGGCCAUUUUGCAGGUGACCCAAUCCUCCAUGAUACCAACCUAACACGAUACAAGGUAUUCUUCUAUUGCAACGCCACAGCAUUCAUGGCCUCAAUGGUAAUGGUCAUCCUCCUACUGAACAACACAAUAAGCAAGUACAAGAGAUCUCUCUUUGCCAUGAAAACAGCAAUGGUAUUGGACUUGCUUGGUUUACUUGGGGCAUAUGCCGCGGGCAGCUGCAGGAAGUUGAAGACAUCUGUGUACAUUUUUGCACUCGUCAUUGCUGUGAUCAUCUACAUCGUCAUCCAUGUCUUGUUGUCAUUUGACGAAUUGGGAAGCUUAGUGAAGGAGAAGGGGAAAAAGUGGGUGCAACGUUUGAAAAGGUUCUUCAAUUGCAACGAUUCAAGCAAUGAACCAUCUGAUGGGGAACCAGGACAAAGUCGUCUGCCUGUGAAAGAGUAGUCUCGGUUGUGACAUUUGUUGAGUCUAUCAUGAGAUAGACACAACCUCCAAAGUUGUAAUUUGUGUUUUUCUUGCUCAACGCCGUCACGUAAUAUUAUUUGGUGCAUUCUUUGAAUGUGGGCAAAAGAUAAUACAAAUGACAACUGUGAGCUGUGAAGUA